CAUUUCACCAUCAUCACUCCAGCAAUGUCUUGCCCCGAACGACACAUAGAGAGCCAAGAGAGCCGGCUGCAACGCGCUCUCUUGGCUCUGCCUAUCCUCGCCCUGUCAGGUGUCAUGGGCAAGGCAUUUGCGAUGGGAGAACCAAUUGCCCCCGUCCUCAACCGCAUCCUUGAGACUUCUGUGUUUGACUUGAACGGCAUGAGCGUACCUGUUAUUAAAAAAUUUUACGGCAUCGGAUUGUUGGAUGAAAUAUUUGGUCAUAUAACCGUUGCCUUUGCACAGUUGCAGUUUUUCACUGAUCAACGGGCAUACUGGCAAUCGCUCGUCUUCAUGACCGACUACGCUGGCAUUUAUGCUAUUCUCUUCUUCGAGUCUUGCAGACCAUCUAAUCGAAAGACUAUAUUUCAGUUCCCGUUUCUACUCACCUUCCUGGCGCAGCUGAUUCCCGUUGGAUUCAUGUCCCCGCUCUACUUUUACCUUUUCUACGUCUUCACACCCACUGAAAAGCUCACCGGACCAAGUUUUCUUCUGACAAAUUGGUCUUCAUGCGCUUCCGUUCUCCCAACCGUCUUGCUGGCUUAUCACGUACCGCAUCUGCCCUCUUUUUUCCACGAAAGUCUAGAAUCUAGACACUGGUGGAACUGGGUAUGGCAACUGUACCCUGUAUGGGGUUCACUUGGCAUGUUUGUGUUUUCAAAGAUUCUGUCACUUGGAUCCGGUGCAUCCACGGAGGCCGCAGGGCAGAAACUCCAACUCAAGACCCUCAGGAUAACUGUCGGUGUUCUCGCUGCGAUCAACAUUAGCAUCUACUGGUACACAUUGUACAACUCAAAUUUUUCGAUGGCGGAAAUGUUUAUCCCGAAAUACUUUUCUGACAAACCACAAGACGCGGACGUUGCACUUCGCACGAUUAUUCAGUACGACCACAUAAUGACUUUCUCUGCCGCGCUUUUGUGGCUGGGAUACCACUUCAGGGACCUUGAAGUUGCUGGAAUUUGCAAAAUCCAUCAUAGCAGCUCUAUUUGCAUCGCAGCUAUAAUCAGUGGCAUGUUUAGCCCCGGGACGUUUAUUCUCCUAGGCUGGCUCGCGAGAGAGGAACUCCUGGCCUCGAGGAGAGACGACUAGUAGAAGCAUGGCUCUACUGGAACCAUUACAGGAGAGGCGGAUAUUAAAAAUGGGAGAAGUAAAACGUAUAGACAUUGAAUGGAUAUGGAUCUAGUUAAUUCUCUUACGAGAAUGUCAAAGUAAAU